GAUGUCCGACGCUAUGUUUUUAACUAAUCAUUGUCAUUUGUUGAAUAUGAUUUGGGGGGUUUGUACCAAAAGACGUGCCACUACUGGAUACGUCUUUCGUAUAAAUCUAUUAAUGACAACGUCCAUUAGCAUAGUGUACUGCAACACAGACGAUAUUGUCUGCUGCCCUUGUUGACAGCGACACGGAUGUAAUCGUACCCAAGGGAGCUGCUUCAUGUGUUACAGGUACACUGAUACAAUUCUCCAUCUCCAAAUAAUACUUCAUCAACGACAGCCACGACUGCUAGCACAGCGGCCCUGAACAUAUCAGCUAUACAACUGGCUCACUCUACUAGGAAGGGAUUGGGAGAUUUGAUAUUUACAGCGUGAGGCAUUGUUAUACGAACGACCCAGGAAGUAAAACAAGAUGGUGGGCGUGACGGCCAUAUUUGAAAUGGUGUUGGAGGUGAUACUGCUGAUGGGGAAGUUGCUGUACUUUUGGCUGGAGGCGAUGGUACUGGCAGCCCUACCUGCCAGUGUUCGGGGGAAAAACAUUUCAGGGGAAACCGUCCUUAUAACCGGAGCAGGUAGUGGAAUUGGUCGUCUGCUUGCCAAGCGUUUUGCCGACCGUAGUUGUCGUCUGGUGCUGUGGGACGUCAACAAGGAAGGUAACGAGGAGACAGCUGCACAAGUUCAGCGAUUUGGAAUCACUGUGAAAACAUACACCGUAGAUCUGUCGGAUGCAAAACAGAUAUACCAGACAGCCGAGAAGGUGAAGCGUGAGAUGGGCGAUAUUGACAUCCUGGUGAACAACGCAGGGAUAGUGACUGGGCGGAAGUUCAUGCAGUGUCCAGAUGAGAUGGUUCAGAAGACAAUGCAGGUCAACGUUCAGGCGCAUUUCUGGACGGUGAAAGCGUUCCUACCUUCCAUGCUGGACAGGAACCACGGCCACAUCGUAAACAUCGCAAGCUCUGCGGGACUACUUGGUGUUUCGGGUUUGGCGGAUUAUUGCGCCAGUAAAUUUGCGGCUGUCGGGUUCGAAGAGUCUCUUAGAUACGAACUAGAGACUUCAGGGAAAACGGGUGUUCACACAACAGCUGUUUGUCCUUACCUCAUAGAUACAGGCAUGUUUGAUGGCUGCAAAUCAAGGUUCUCCUUCCUCCUGCCCAAACUGAAACCCGACGAUGUUGUGGAUAGCAUCAUGGACGCCAUAUUGUGUAACUCCGCCAUCGUCAUCAUUCCCAAGAUUCUUUACGCUUUCAUAGCGCUCAAAGGCAUUCUUCCAAUUAAAGUAGUGUUCCUAUUGUGCGACUUCAUGGGAGUAAACUCGAUGAUGAAAACCUUCAAAGGGCGGGGAAAGGCAGUUCAAUAACAACUAGUCUGUAGACGCAUAGUCAUCAAAAUCCGAACCGGCCAAUCUGUUUACUUGACCUCGAUAGGGGCGAAGCUUCUAUCAGUACCAGCCCAGACUGAACAAAUGCAUUCGCAAUCAUUGUCUCGUGUAUUCAUGGACGCGCCAGACGUUCUACAUCUGAUUACGUAUCUUUAAGAGGUUGUGAUGGCCAGUGUCUUUGAACAGUAAUGUGCUUAUAUAUAUUUAAAGGGACUCUUCGAGCAAGAGUUGAGUCUUUCCAAACAAAACCAAAUGGUUUUUGAAACCAAUCUUCACUAUGGAACCUUCACUAUGGAACCUCGUGUGUUUAGACUAUUAACUCUGCACAAUCUAUUUGUAUUUUUACAUUCAGGAGUUGCCAAAUAUAUAAUUAAGGUAUUGAACAUUUGAUCGAAGCAUUGCUCAUCAGAAAAAGGGACAUGGAUGUCACAAUGUCUCCUUGGACAUUGACAUCUUUGGCUCACCUGACAUUAGAAUCUGAUUCAACGUGUAACAGAAGUCAUGAGUCGACGAGCCCCCGAUACCAGCACUCGUGUGGUUUCCCCAUAUAUUACGGUUAAUGUAUAUUCUGUAGUCGACGUAUUAUUUAUCUUCUUUGGGGGGCAUUUUUAGAAGAUGUAAAGAUGAAGGAAAACCAAGUUAUAUGGAUAGUGACAUCUUUAUUGCAUGAAGCCCAUUUCUGGUGUCCCCCGCCGCGAUAUUGCUGAAAUAGUGCUAAAAGCGGCGUAAAACCAAACUCAUUCACUCACUCACUUUAUUGCAAUGAAUGCGACGUUUCAGUCUAGAUACUAGCGCCGUUAUCAAGCAAGUGAUCACUAGAACUUGGUUUUCCUUCAUAUUAUUUUCGGCUACAAUGAAUGGUCAGUGAAUAUAUGGCUCGGAAUUUACUUCAUCAACAUGUCUGGCUCAACUGGUUUAAACAUGAUUAGAACUUAUAGAAUAUAUUUCAAAGUACAUAGAUAUACCAGCCUUACAUUUCACCUAUUUGCAGCUGACAUAUACUGAAGUGCUGUGUGGGCUAAAUACAACAUAUGCUUGUGUUAUUUAUACAAUAUGUGCUCUUUAACGUGAUGGUGGGAGUGUCUCAAAGGUCUGUCUGUUAAAGAUAAUAUUAGAUCAGAAAAUAUGAGUUAGCAGGUUACCACGUGGGCUUGAAUCCAAUAGUCAGCUCUGUCAAUCGACCCGACCCUACCUAGUCAAUCAUUAUGUAUAAAUUAGGGUAAAUUAGUUUUUUCAUUUAUCAUUGUGUACCAAAAUACUGAUACUGAAACAAGGGACACGGUCACAAAAAAAAGAUAUAUAAAAAACACUGUCUCAUCCUUGUCUCCCCUCCAAAUUAAAGAGGAAAAUAAAAUUUGGGUAACUAAAGAUAAAUACCAACUUUAAUCAGGGAUUUGUCUUAUACAUUGACGAGACUAGCCAUGACAUUUACACAACAGUAUGUAAACGUAUAGCUUACUCUCCAUAACGUUCUUAUUGUCAACAGGAUACAUCAUUACGAUUCUAUAUUUAGCCAAUUCCAGCUGGGGUGACGCCAUAGUAACAGCACAGUCAGCUUAUGAAACGUGUAGUAUAUAUGUGAUUAUCUAGUCUAUCUCACAGCCCCUGGAUCGCAUUAUUUCCCCUUCUGCCUAGCCCUUCCUGCAAUGCUUAAGCCCAAAAUGAAGCAAGUCUAGAUUUCCUCAGGUUCAGGGUCUCCUUUUCAAUUUAAAAGGAAUUGUUAGUUCGUUUCUAUCAAAAUAUAUAUAUAUAUAUUAGUCUAGUGUUUGUCACCUGUGAAAAAGUGCGUGUUUACAAGAAGUCUCACGGACCACAGAUCUCAGUCGUGCCAGGAACUACCAGCCAUGACUUUGAUUACCUGGUUCAGUCCAGGUUGUUAUUCUCGACCUUUACCUACAGAAGUCACACGGGGGCGUUAACGCACCCAUUGCCCAUUCUACCUAUAUCAUAUAUAUUAAUUUAUAUGUUAUCUAUAUAUACAUCAUCUACUGUUGCUGUUUUUCUUGAAAGUGAAUCUGUAUGUCUUAAUAAAUAUUUCUAAGGA